AUGCUGUGGUGCGAAAUGUCUAUUACAAGUACCACCACCCAAAAGAAGCACUAAUCUCUGAUGGCGUUUUGAAUCGAGGAAUCAGUGAAGCUGCAAGAAAAACAAUGCUUGAGACAACAGAUGAAGAUGGAAGUGGACAUGACUCACAAGCGCUCGCUUUCGUGUAUCCGUUUGGUGCCACACUGAAUGUGAUGAAACCAGCAGUGGCUGUUCUGUCAACAGGAUCUGUCUGCUUCCCGCUCAACAGGCCUAUUCUUGCUUUCUAUCAGCAUGAGAAUCAAGGUGGAAAAAUGGCAGCACUGGGAUCUUCCCACAUGUUCAGUGAUCAAUAUUUAGAUAAAGAAGAAAACGGGAAGGUCAUGGAUGUGCUUUUCCAGUGGCUCACAACAUCAGAUAUCCAUUUAAACCAGAUGGACAUGGAGGACCCUGAGAUUUCAGACUAUACCAUGCUCCCAGACACAGCCGCGCUGUCUGAGCAACUGCGAGUCUGUCUGCAAGAAGGAGAUGAGAACCCAAGAGACUUCACAAAGCUGUUUGAUACAUCCCUUUACCAGCUGGAUACAACUGCCCUCCCUUCAGUUAUCAAAGCGUAUGAACAGCUGAAUGUGAAGCACGAACCUCUCCAACUCAUUCAGCCUCAAUUUGAAACUCCCCUACCUGUCCUCCAGCCAGCUGUUUUUCCACCUGCUUUCAGGGAAUUGCCUCCUCCCCCUCUGGAGCUUUUUGACUUGGAUGAAACUUUCUCCUCUGAGAAAGCUCGUCUUGCGGAGAUUACAAACAGAUGUACUGAUGACGACCUGGAGUUCUACGUACGAAAAUGCGGCGAUAUCCUAGGAGUAACCAGUAAACUCCCAAAGGAAAAGCAGGAUGCCAAACAUAUCCUGGAGUACAUCUUCUUCCAAGUGGUUGAGUUUAAGAAACUGAAUCAGGAACAUGAUACUGACACAAGUGAAGCUGGAUUCCAGAAUGUUAACUGAGACCUGGCUUUCCCCAGCCUGAGACAGACCUUUUAGUAAAAACAUCCUUUUCCAUUUUCUUCAA